AUGGCUAACAGUGAUCAGAUGCCCAAAGUUGAUUUCAUGAAAGACAGUGAAAUCGAUAAAAGAUUACUGCAACAGAUAAAAUUUGUUGAACGCCAAAAUCUAGUUCGUGCCACUAGGUUGAACCGCAUGCGUAGAAACGCUCGUUACACAGGUUUAUUACUAGGUGGUAUUACAUUGAGCAUCUACGGGUAUUCUAUUUAUUCAAUAAAACAGGAAACAUUCUUGGACGAUUUUGAAGAACCUGCAGUAACUGUUAAACAAUAA